AUGGACAUGACGGAGGUUUCAAGUAUUGAGUUUGAUUAUGUUGAACGUCGUGCAUGCUCAUGGACAGCACUGGGUGCACUGGAACAUGGAAGAUUUGUCACAAGACCUUUUGAGAAAAUUACUAUUGAAGUUGAUUCCGGUCUCUUCUGGCUUAGGUCGAAGAUCGAAGACCAAGGUCUUGGAAAAGUUCUUAGACAUUCAACGGAUACCCCCAUCUCCGCUGAUUCGGCCAACCGUCCAUUCAGUCCUUUCACCCCACGUCAAUUGUUCCCUAUUGCCACUCCUAGGAGAAAUAGAUGUCCUAUGGCUUGUACCCAUUGUCGUCGUCGAAAAAUCAAAUGUCAAGGUGGCCAACCCCGCUGCGACGCCUGCGUCCGUCGAGGUGGAACAUGCAUCUACGCAAGUGUACCCAAAGAUGAUAGUCCCGAAACUCGAGAGAAAAAUUCAGCAGCUCGAUUAGCUAGACAAGCUCGAAAAUCCAGAACACAACCUUCCACACCUAAUCCAUCGACUCAACACAAUUCUCCAAUUUCCCUCUCAACAACUUCUUUCCGUGAGACUCACUUACCCGAUACACCAUUCCAAGGACCAUUCAAUUCUUUCGACAUUGGUCUCGCUACUGUAUCUUCUAACUCUACUUCGAAUUCUGGUUUUUCCACACCUUUCGAUUCCCCUCGCUCUGUCGCUCCACCGAGUCUACCUAUGUUUUCAGGAAGAUCGGAUUAUCCAUCUUUGUCAAACAAUCCAAUUGUUUCCAAUGUCGGUUUUUCAGGAUCAUCUCCAUUAUCCGGAAUACAAGGAUCAGGUUUGUUGGAUCAAAAUCGUUCAAGAACAUUCAUGGCUAGAAUGCAUGGGCAUAGAAAAAACCUUUCUUGUCCUCCACCUACUUUAUUAUGGGCUAGACCUACCCCUGGACCAUUAUCAACUCCUCAACCUGAAAAUUCAACAAUAAUACCUCCUGGUCAAUUCUUACCUGUUCCUUCAUAUUCGUCUCUCACCGAUAAUCAUAUCAACCGUCAACAAUAUAUUCAACAUCAAAUGACUUCUCAUCAAUCUACAUCUGAAUGGUCCAAUUCUCUUCCAUACUUGAACAUGUCUUCAUUUAAUUUAUCACAUAAUAAUCCAAACGACAUGGUAUCACUUCAACAAGAAUCAGAAACAUUCGAAAUGAAUCAUCUCACUCUCGGCCCUGCCAUUCAUUCAAUGUCGAAUGAAGGAAUUUCAAAUAGAGAAUUCAACAUGGAAAGAAGUUAUACUCCUACUCAAACAUCUUCUUAUCAUUCAGAUUCUCAUCAAGGUCAUCUUACACCUAUUUCCAUACCAGAUAGAUCACAAACUGAUACACCUUAUCAUACCCCAAUCGAACAAACUCCUUAUUUCCCUACUUCCGAAGGGGGAGGUUGGUAUGACCCAGAUACUUCGUUUCAAUCUCAACCUUUUACUUCACAAAAUCAUUUGAACCCUCACCAAACACAUGCUUCAAACUUUACGAUGAGACAAGACAAUCAUAUGAUUCCCCAAGUUGAUCAAGGUCAUAUGAGUGCUCCUGAAACUCCUGCGUUAUCUACACCUACUUCAACUUCCAAUUCGGGUUCGUAUCUUGACGAAAAUAAUGUUUUGGAAUGGGGAAUGAGACAUGGGAACAAAGGUUUGGGUAUACAAGUUCCUACUUGGAAUCAAAGGGAGGUGCAGAUGGAUGAAUUCAGGUAUAAUGGGUAUCCUCACGCUUCUGUGUGA